AAGUGAUGGAACCAUGCAGUUCCGGCGGGGAUUGGGGAUGUUGAAGCGGUGAUAUUAAACUGGCAGACAUCGGGAGUAACCGCCAGCGAGACCGUCUGAGGUAACUGGAGAGACAGACUGAGACUGAGAGAGAGAGAGACUGACUGAGAGAGAGAGAGAGAGACUGACAGAGAGAGAGAGACUGACAGAGAGAGAGAGAGACUGACAGAGAGAGAGAGAGACUGAGUGAGAGACAGACUGAGAGAGACUGAGAGAGAGGGACUGAGAGAGAGAGAGAGGGACUGAGAGAGAGAGAGAGGGACUGAGAGAGAGAGAGAGGGACUGAGAGAGAGAGGGACUGAGAGAGAGAGGGACUGAGAGAGAGAGAGACUGAGAGAGACUGACUGAGAGAGACUGACAGAGAGAGAGAGACUGAGAGAGAGAGAGAGAGAGAGAGACUGAGAGAGAGACAGACUGACAGACAGAGAGAGACUGAGAGAGAGACAGACUGACAGACAGAGAGAGAGACUGAGAGAGAGAGAGGGACUGAGAGAGAGACUGAGACUGACUGACAGACUGACAGAGAGAGAGAGACUGAGACUGAGUGAGAGAGAGAGAGGGACAGAGAGAGAGAGGGACAGAGAGAGAGAGGGACAGAGAGAGAGAGGGACAGAGAGAGAGAGGGGGACUGAGAGAGAGAGGGGGACUGAGAGAAGAGAGGGAGGACUGAGAGAGAAGAGAGACUGAGAGAGAGAGAGACUGAGAGAGAGAGAGAGGGAGAGGGACAGACUGAGAGACAGACUGAGAGAGAGAGGGACAGACUGAGAGACUGAGAGAGAGAGAGAGAGAGAGACAGUGAGAGAGACAGAGAGACUGAGUGAGAGAGAGAGAGGGACUGAGAGAGAGGGAGGGACUGAGAGAGAGAGAGGGAGACUAUACAGACUGUUUGUGUGAGACAGAACCCCUAUACAGACUGUGUGUGAGAGACAGGACCCCUAUACAGACUGUGUGUGUGUGAGAGACAGAACCCCUAUACAGACUGUGUGUGAGAGACAGGACCCCUAUACAGACUGUGUGUGUGUGAGAGACAGAACCCCUAUACAGACUGUGUGUGUGAGAGAGACAGAACCCCUAUACAGACUGUGUGUGUGUGUGUGACAGAACCCCUAUACAGACUGUGUGUGUGUGUGUGACAGAACCCCUAUACAGACUGUGUGUAUGUGUGUGUGACAGAACCCCUAUACAAAUUGUUUGAUGAAGGGCCUUUUCACCCUCCCUGUAAUGUCUUUAAUCUUCAGAUGUCAUGUCUAAGAUACCACCGUGCUCCAAGAGGUCAAUCCAUUGUGAAACCCAGAAAGAAGACCCAUGUAAAAAAGGAAUGGGAUGUGAGUUGCUUCUCAUGGCUAAUCUGUUCUCCUUUACAAUUCUGUUAUUACAGGAUUAUUCACCAAAAACAAUUUCACCAGUGAAAAUUACAGAAUUCCAUGCACAUUGGCAAUUCUCGUAUUUACUAACGCCAAAUGCGGAUGCAAUAUAGUUGGCCUGAACGAAUUUGCAGCAAUUGCCCGGAUGCAUUUGGUGUCUUGACUAAAACUGGGACUUUCGCAUCCAAAUCCUGCACAAAGGACAGGAUUUGGAACAUUCACAAAGCACUGAUAUUAAUAACAUUUGGAGCCAAAUGAAUCUGUCAAGUUUCACAUUCGCUAAAUGUCAUUUGCCUGCUUUCGUGCAUGUGAAUGGCAAUUUGAAGAACUAUUUGCCCUUCAAGUAAUUUUUUUUAAUGUGGUAGCAGGCUAGCAAGUGCUAGCCAUAAUUAACUCUUGCAUCACAGAGGCUUUUUAAUGAUUUUUUUUUCUCUCUUUCUCAUAUUGGAAUGCUUAAAGGGACACUCCAGGCACCCAGACCACUUCUGCCCAUUGGAAUGGUCUGGGUGCCAACUCCCACUACUCUUAACCCUGCAAAUGUAAUUAUUGCAGUUUUUUAUAAACUGCAAUAAUUACCUUGCAGGGUUAACUCCUCCUCUAGUGGCUGUCUACUAGACAACCACUAGAGGGCACUUCCUGCUUCAUAGCACAGAAAACCUGUGCUAGAGCGUCGCUGGACGUCCUCACACUGUGUGAGGACCUCCAGCGUCACUCAAUUCCCCAUAGGAAAGCAUUGAAAAGCAUUUUUAAUGCUUUCCUAUGGGGAGCUCUAAUGAGCAUGCGCGGCAUUGCCGCGCAUGCGCAUUAGGUCUCCAUGGCCGGUGGGCAGGAUCAAUCUCGCCCACCGGCCGACGUAAUGCAGAGAAAGAGCGAGGAAGAAGCAGCAACGUGGAACAUGUUGUUGCCUCUGGUAAGUGACUAAAGGGGUUUUCACCCCUUCAGUAACCGGGGAGGUGGGAAGGAGAGUGGACCUGCAGUGCCAGGAAAACGGAUUGUUUUCCUGGCCCUGGAGUUUCCCUUUAAUUUGUAACCAUCUCUGAAAGCAGUCGUGAAUGUGGGAUUUGCUACAGGAGUCACCCCAAUGUCUGUGCAGCUAGUAGGUUGCUGAUCCCAUAGGCUAUAGGUAAAUAGCGAACUCUCCUGCUCAUAUACAAUGGGGAUCUAGAUUGAAAUUCCUUAUUUUUAAAGGGUUACUCCAAGCAUCAUGACCACGUCGGUGAUUUUAAGUGGUCAUGGUGUCUGGCGUGUGUACUUGUGGUGUUGUGCUUUGAAAUGCGGCACAUACAGAGAUUAACCCCUUCGCUGCCGACAUUGUAACUCCACCUUCUGCAGAAUCAUUAGCCGGUCCAGAACAGCUCCGGGCUCGCUAAUGUCAAUUCUUUGCAAAACUGAAGUCAGACGCCAGUAUGCACAGCAUGUUGAUGCCAAGAGCAAUCACGGCACGGAGGGCGUCCUCUCAGUUCCUCCUCCCUAGCCCUUACAGGCUAUAAUGUAAGCCAGGGAGGAUCAGGCUAAGGGUGUGAGAUGGAGGGAGAACUUGGCCUUGGAGAGGGAAAAGAGGUAAAGUGUUUUGCUUGGAGUAACCCUUUAACAUUUAUCUUACCCCAUGGUUCAUAUACCCUUAGCCAUUCCACACUGCAGUGUUACUAUUUUCCAUUUAAUGAUAAUACAUUUUGCAAUCGCUAUAUAUGUAACAACUCUGCCCUGUUUUUCAGAAUUCAGUUCAAGAUCUUAACAUCCAUAGACCAACCCGUGAAGAGCUGGUAAGUGUGAAACUACAUCAAAAACCAGGGGUUUAACAUUUCCACUCCCCUCUCCCCAGCCCUCAAUUACCUGCCCUCAAUUACCUACAUACUUGCCUGGUUGCAUUUCUACUCAAAAGGAGUUAAUUUUCAUUUGCUAAUGGCUAGUAGCAAUUGUGAGCACUGUUAAAAAAGCAAAAAAUGAAUUGCCUUAAAAUUAUCCUUUUGAAAUAAUAACACCCAAAGAUUGAUUUACUUGGCUAUUGUUGGUUUAUUACGAUGUAGCAGUUUUUCAGUGUUAGGAUGGAAAGCCGAUCGCUUUCAGUGUGACUUAAAAAAGUUACAGACCUCCUCUGCACUUCCAUGUUGGAGCAAUUCACUGUCCCUUGUUGCUUCUGGUCAUUUUAUAUUCAUGUAUACUCUCUACAUUUUCAUACAGCACUACAAGAGUUAACAGAUUUUCAUAUUUUGCCUGGAUAGGCCAGCAGUCUGUGCCGCCCCAGCACAUGAGUCCUACUCACCUUGCCAGAUACAUUUGAAGGGAACAAAUUUAUGCAUAAUAAGCAUGGGUGCACGUAAUAUGAAAGAGCUAAGUUAUAGUUGAACAGACGUAUAGCUCAAAUUCUAGGGUUUUUUUUGGUUCUGAACCUGGACAGUUAUCUCAGUUUUAAGGGGUUAAAGCAGUUUGACAACAGCGGGGUUUAAUGGUUAUGGUGCUUGGAGCAUUCCUUAAAGGGACACUAUAAGCACCCAGACCACUUCAUCUCAUUUAAGUGGUCUGGGUGCAGUGACCCUGUCAGUUUAACCCUGCAGCUGUAAUUAUUGUAGUUAUUGAUAAGCUGCUAUAAUUACCAUGCAGGGUUGACUCCACCUCUACCAGACCAGACAGCCAUUAGAGAUGCUUCCGGGUCGUUGGGCAUGAAGAUAUCAAGCGUCCGCUAAACUAGUAUAGGAAAGUCCCUCGGCACUGGAUUCAAGUGACAAAAGUGUUCUGUGCUGAGUGUGGGGGGGAGAGAGGGUGAGCGAGGGGGCUCCAUAGGGUACCACCCAUGUGGACCUUGUGGAACACAGGACACAACGUUACAAAGCCAAUCAAAACAUUCUUGUACAGUUAGGCACUCCCAGAUAAUGUACACAAACCCUCCCCUCUACCUGUGAAACAAUUACCAAACACAAUGGACUAACUCAAUUACCAACAGGCAGAAAACACACAUUUUUCUCAAAACAUCCCAAAACACCACAAAUAUCCCUGGAUAGCCCUGAUCUGGGUGAACAACAUAUCCAAAAAUCACCAGAUCAGGGCAGGGGUUCAAAAGUUUUGUCUGACCGCAAGCAUGGUUUUCAUGCCCAAAAGAGUUCCACAGAUUUAGGCUGUGCGGCCGGUCUAUCUUCUCCUCUAUCCUGGAGAUAGAAUUUUGUAUUCUUAGCCUAUAGUUUCCCUUUUAUAUAUUUUGGGAUGUCAAAUGACUCAUUUUCCCUGGUAUAAAUCUAAAGAUCAGUUUAAACUCCUCAGACUGUGAGUAUGACAAUAAUCCUCACAUGUCUGUAGCACAGCACAUGUUUCUCAUUGAUCGUCAUCCGUUUUGUAGGUCCACCGGCACGAAAUCCACAAAUCAAAAAACCAAUGGCUUGCCCACUGGGAACUUCAAAAGAAAUCCCUGAAGAAACCUAGCAAGAAACAGAAUCGAGAACCCCCUGAACGCUGGGCAGAGAGUCGAUAUGAUAUCAUGAGGAAGGUAAUAUUACUAAAGUCCUCCUGUGCCUUGCUUUGUCCAAGAAGGUCCUAAUAAUGCUUGUGAGGUUUAGAAUGUGUGGGAUAUAUGUUUUGUGAAGGGCAUUCCAUGUCUCAGUAUGUGCCUGAGUCUGUUGUUUUCCCAUUUCAGAUCCUCCAGGAUGAGUAUAAUAUCAAGGAUGUGUUGGAGGAUUCAGACAGAACACUGGCCGUUGUGAAGGAUUUAUUUGGAGAUGCUCCGCGUAGACGUGCAGGUAAGUUGGUGUAACGGAGCUACCUGUACCCCUGGCUCGGUACCUCCGCCAAGAACUGCUUCCUAGCUACAACAGGGGACAAACUGCAGCACUUCUGCCCACAAUCGUGGCUUGACUGGGUUCAUAAAACUGCUCCCUCCUGGAGCCGAAUGGGGAACUUGCUCUAUCCACCCCCAGGCACUGGACAACACUCAGUCCUGGGAGCUCUAGUCCUUACAAGGACUUUCCUCGUUGAAUCCUCCACACUGGAACAGUGAUUAGUGAUUAUCCCUUUCCCAGUAACCAGAUGACACAUAGUUUUGGGAAUACAAACUGGAAUGUUUUAAUCUGGCCAGAUGGCCUGCUUUUUAUAUUCUGAUCACAAACACGCACACCCAUGACACUCCCACACAAAACAGGAUAAUCCCUCCCCUAUGCCUGGGAGAUAAUUGAGUCAGGAACUGUACAAACUCAAUUAUCUCCAGGCACUAAAAACACACCUCUCACAGACACCCCAAAAGUAACUUUAAACUAUGAAAACCCCACAAAAGUUAUAUCCCCUGAUAGCCAUGAUCUGGGUGACUAACAUAUCCAAAAAAUCACCCAGAUCAGUUCAGGGGUUUGAGAUUUUCAUGGAAGUCAUAGUUUGACCGAACGCACACAAGGCUUCUGCCCAAAAUAGUUUCAGGGAACAAGUGGCAGUGGUCAGUCAAGUUCGGUAGUUUAAUAGAGAACAAACUACCGAACAGAGUCCAUUGACAUAUCGUGGAGCUUGUUCUCUUCAUUCAGACGUACGAUCCCACGAUCAUGGAAGCUGCCUGCGUUCGUGUGAACAAGAUGGCUCCGAAGAAGAUGGCCGCCACCACGUGUUCGUGCAUACUAACGGCUGCCACCCAGACGAACCAUUAGAACACUGCAGUUAGGAUUGUUACAAUGUAUCCAUUAGGCUUAACAAGCUCCCGGGUGUUCCAUAGUUUGUGCGGCGAUUCGUUCCCGAGCAGCAUAGGGGAAUCACACGAACCAAGCCAGUUAAAUAGUCUUUUACAGGUUUCCCUGCAGGGCCCAUAGUUUGUUGGCAGGAGGCUGGCAAGCAGGCUCCUCCAGGAGCUUUUGGCAAACUCCCGUGGGUACGGGAGUUUGUCACAGUUGGUAAACUCACGUAACACUUUUAUUAAUACUUCUACCAUACUAGUCAUUCAUCAGUGAGCAAAUUUGGAAUGGUGGAAGUUAAGAUGACAGCUGAGUUAAGGACAUAUAGAGGUUAAGGAGCUGUGAAUCAGAGAAACUAAGUAAAAUAAAAUUGACUAAGGGACAGAGGAGGAGGCCAUUCCAAGCUGAAAUUUCUUGAUUAUUAGAUGUGAUAAAGGAGUUGGUAGGAAACUGAGAGAGGGCAAUGGUGCUGACAAGAUGUAGCACUAGCAGAGAAAGGCAUAGGAGCAGAGAUUACAAAUGGCAGGAGAUAAGUGAAGAAGGAUAAAUAGGACAGUCUUACGUAGAGAAUGAAAAAAUGAGCAAGCAGAUUAAGGGGAUAAGGAGUGUAGGAAGAUGUAAUGCUGAAGAGGGACAUAAUGUGAAAGUGGAGUGCAGACCUGAAGUUGAAUGUAGUUGCCAGUCCUUUUAAAGUUUAUCGCUGAGAAAAAGUGAACUGGUGAAUUAUUAGAUAUGACAUUUGCAGCUGGCUGUAGUGGAGGGAGAAAAAAGAUUUACAGAUUGGGUGCAAGCCUUAAAUAAGGUGAAGAGUAGAAAAAACACUUGCACUUUUAUUUUUUAUUUUUUUAGGAAUACGCCAGCAUAAACCUGUAAAAAUAUAGAAUUAACUCAACUCUAAUCCAGUGCAAGAGGGUCUCUCGUCACAACUCCGUUUUGCCUCCAGGAGAUCAUUAGUACUAAUAAAUAUAUUUAUAACGUUAGUGUUAUUUUCACAUGGUUUUAAUGCUGCAGAGUUGGUCUUGUGUAUAUCAUUAACUCUGAAUUCUCUGCUCUUCUCUCUCCUACUUUCCAGGAGAUCCUAACGUGACACUGGCACCAUCCUGUGACCUGGAGUCCUCCCAAGGCCCUAUUGUUUGGAGGAAGGAUCCACCCACACGUCUUUCCAUCCUGAGUCAGUCUAUCAUGGAUUCACAGGUAAGAGACCACUGUCCUCUGCACAUGCUACAGCUAAUAUAGGCUUAUUGUACAGUGUUUCUGGCUUCCAGUCACUGUAUGGAACCUGGAAACGAUAGUUAAAUGGCUACUUAUUAUGGUUUGACCAUCUGAUCUUGGUUACAGUUCAUAAUAGUUCAAUAGUAAUUCAUGAUAGUCUACAUAUUCACUCAUUCACUAGCCAUUGGUAAGUGAAAAUUGAGACCUGGUGAAUAUGUUCAGAAGUAUCCAGGAGUGUAGUGGCAAACUCAUUUUAAUGCUUGGCUAGUAUUAAUCAUUUUUAUAUCUGGUCAUCAGUUUGACAUAUUUUGGGACCUACAAUGCUGGAAUUAAAAAAAAAAAAAAAAAUUAAAAAAAAAAUUUGGGGUGUCAGCAGCCAACUAAAUGCAUAUCUGCCGUUUUGUUUUUUAAUCUUAUUUAUUUUAUGGGUACUGGAGAAAUUCAUGCACACAGUCGUAGGCAGUAGCAAUACACCCUGUGGUCCAUUUGGCUCUUGCAUAUUUAAUAGAUCUCUACUAAAUUUUUAAAGUUCCACCUCCUGCGUAAGGCUGUAAGUGCAGUCCAAGGUGUGUAACACUAUCUGUUUUGUGUGUCAAGGUAUUUUACUAUUGUAUUUAUUUCCUUGUACCUUCUGACAGUUACUGUGAUUCAUUUUUAUUUUCGUUAUCCAACUAAAAAUUGGAGACCUGUUCCUGAGAGUUUCCUUUCCACUCCCUUCCUAUCUCAAGAGUGGGUGUAAAUGGGUCUUCUGAUGAUCUCGGCCAAGGAGGCACAUCGGGGGCAGAGCUGGAAUAAAGCUGUGUUUUUAUCCUAUUUAAGGGGAGGCGAGGACCUGAAUAGUGUUUUUAACACUAGGCUUUGGAAUACAAAUUUGUAUUUCAGACCCUAUAGUGUUCCUGUAAGAAAACUGUAUAUUUUAAACCUUUUUUCCUCUUCUUUCCUUCCUACUGUGGUCCUCUUGGGAGAUGGUGUCCUAUUUUGGGUGUCUAUUGAGGGUUAUUCCCUCUUAUGUAGGAAGGAUUAGGGAUGCCGCAAUACAGGAGCUGCUGCAGUCUUGCCUGAACACCUAGCAUAAGUAAUUUUUUUGGGCUGUUUACUCACGGUUAUUUAAUCUUGCUGCUCAAAUAAACCUGUAUUAGUGUCAGGCAAAUGAUCUCUGCUGUAAAUAUGAUUUGCUCCAGCUAGGUUUUAAAAUUUCUUAUCUUAUAGUUUUUAUUUAUUUUCUAUAUUUUGAAGGCUCUGAAUGAAAUGGAGCAGUCAUUUAGCCAUUCAGAGCAGAGUGAAGAUGGGCAGGAAGCCUCUGUAAAUUAUCAAUCCAAGCUGCACAUAAAGAGGUGAGUUAUAGACCAGGCUGCGGACACCACAGGCAGUCACACGGGAUCACAUACAGAACAUGUUAGUACUGUUUGGGAAAAUAUGUUCUCUGAAAUGUCACAAACAUAUGCAGUGUCAUGGUUGCUCAAUACGUAUAGAUCAUAAAUGAUCGAGAUCGAGAGAGAGGACAUGUGAAUUUAUUACCAUUAUUAUCAUUCAAUACAUUAUAUAGAAAUCAGCAAUACAUGGGGCAGGACACAUUUUGGUGCAUAUUGGCUAUUAGGGAAAACUGAUAAAUGAUCCUAUGUUCCAAAAGACUUGGAUAAGCUAAUCACUCUCUUAUGUCACAUUUAUAAAAAAUUCCUGUCAACGUCUGCAUUCCAAAUUAGGACUGUUCUGUUAAAGGACCCAAUAUAUGGAAGUAUGGUUUAAAUUGUGAAUAUAUUCCACACAAUGGAUGUUAUUUCUCUCUGAUAUCAAGCUAACUGUGCCUAUACUUGGUACAUUGUCCAUUGCUCUGUGGUUAUCUUUUUAUAGUUUGUUGUGGUUUGACUGUUUUAUUUAAAGAUAUAUGUAUAUAAACGUAGGGAUCCAAAGGUAUUGAAUGGAGAGCCGGCAAUGACCAAAGAUCUGCUGUGGGGCAAGAAAAGGCUGGUGGAAGAAGAAUUUGUAACACCGUGUAAAGCAGGUGACCCCCUUCCGCACGGUCAGAGAGGUAAGUCCACUUCUGGCAGUUUCUUACACUGUUUAUUGUAGAAAGCCCUAUUUACUGAUCUAUUUUCUUGUGUUUCUUGCAAUUUAUAGUAGAUUAUGUUUCUAAUACUCGUUAUGUUUAGUGCUGGUAAAAUCAAUCUAGUCAGUAGAUCCACUUUACACUUUUAUUGAGACUAGCCAGACAGAAAAUGACCAUAAGGCUGUUUAAUCCCUAUUUUGCCUGCUUUCUUAAUAUUUGGUUUCCAGCAUUGAAUGCUACCACAGCUGUGAAGAAGGUGAAGUCACGGCUUGCAGUGGAAGAACCACAAGAGCAGUAUGAAUCGGGUUCCAUGUUUGGCCAUGUUCUCAAUACACAGCAGGACACGGACAAGAGAUGCCACGUCAGAGGUGUGAGCUAAUUUUAUGAUCCACACUACUAACAAUGAGCAUUUAUUUAGCUUUGCUGCUGGAAUUGACACAUCUUUGCCUGUGCAUUAAAUUGAUGAUCAUAAAUUCAAAAUUUAUGUAAAAGCAAUUGUGAUUGUAACGGAUCACCUGUACUCCAACCGAGUACCUUCCUAGAUUGCGCCGAGGACCACACGCACCGCACCGGACACCACAACCACUGCAGACUCCACAACCGCCGUAGCUUAACUGGAGUCUCGCUGUCUUCCUUCCACCCUGGAUCAGCCUCUGUCCUCCAGGAGAGCGUAUCAGGAACAGCUCUUAAAAGAGCAAAGUGAUUAGAGCUCAGGGGAAUAUACAAAGUAUAGCAAUCCCCAGUGUGAUUAUAGCAGUUCCCUACAAUAACGAGACAGGGCUACGUAUUGAGGGUUAAUCAGGAACAGAAUGAACUGAGGGUUUAUUGUCUCUUUUAUACAAGUUUUCCCACAAGGUUACCAACCAUGUGGACCUUGUGGAACACAGGACACAAAGUUACAAAGCCAAUCAAAACAUUCUUGUACAGUUAGGCACUCCCAGAUAAUGUACACAAACCCUCCCCUCUACCGGUGAUACAAUUACCAAACACAAUGGACUAACUCAAUUACCAACAGGCAGAAAACACACAUUUUUCAGAAAACACACCAAAACACUACAUAUCCCCACAAAUAUCCCUGGAUAGCCCUGAUCUGGGUGAACAACAUAUCCAAAAAUCACCAGAUCAGAGCAGUGGUUCCAAAGUUUUAUGGAAGUCACAUUUGACCGACCGCAAGCAUAGUUUUCAUGCCCAAAAGAGUUCCACAGAUUUAGGCUGUGCGGCCGGUCUAUCUUCUCCUCUAUCCUGGAGAUAAUUGGCUUAAGUGGCUGUGGUAACUUAAUUAUCUCCAGGUACAGGGAAUAUCUCCAAGUCAAAAACUGUUACAAAAACCCCAUAAAAUACAUAACUCUUUUAUAAUACAAUGUUUAACUUAUAUGUCCAACAUAUUGCCAGAUAGCUUGGAUCUGAGCGCUCAAUAUGUCCGAAUAGCACUCAGAUCUCACAAGUACAGUUGGAUCGCCAUGGGGUUAAACAAUAGUGAGGGCUGAUGAGAGAUUGAGGAGGGACAACGCAGCCAUUUUCAACUGUUCUGACAGUGUCCCUGAGGCAACGCCCUGCUGGAGAACAAUAGGACAGGAAAAAGGGGAGGGGAAGAGGCUCAUUUUCCCAUGGAAGUCCCUUUUUAGCAUGUCUUUAUCCAGGGCCCAUAGUCUUGGGGCAGGAGGCUGGCAAUCAGGCCUCCCCAGAAGCUAGUGGCAAAGGGUAGUUCGUCACAAUGAUGAUCUGAACCUCAUCACCGGUGCUUGGAAGGGCCUGCUGGCCAGCCUUUUACCAAAAGAGUAUGGGACCUUUAAAAAAAAAAAAAAAAAAAACUACAUGAACAGACUUGGUUCGUAGGAUUUUAUAUUUGGUUCGGGAACUGAACAGCCGCAUGGACUGGAGACAACCCUGGAGCUUCUUGUUAAGCCUAAAUUGCUACUUUGGAACAAUUUCCACCGCAGUGUUCUAAGUGUUUGUCUGGGGGGCCGCAAUUCCUAUGGACGACCACGAGGUGGCGGCCAUCUUGUUCGCAUGAAAACAGGCAGCUGUGUUUGGUUGUCGAGUUCAUGGAACUAUUGGCGGACACUGAAACUCCCAAACUCCGCUGGACUUCCAUGAUCGCUUUUAUUCGGUUUCAUAGCACUUAGGAAGACACUGUUCUUUGGAAACAUUCCCACGAACAAGGGGAACAAGCUCUUAUUUAAGAACAUUGACAUUGAUUACAUGUUCAGUAGUUUGUUCGUUUUUAAACUACCGAACUAGACUGACCACAAGCCCUGAUUCUCUGGAACUGUUUUGGGCAUGGGACCAUGCUUGCGGUAGGUCAAAUUAUGACUUUCAGGAAAUUCCUGAACUAGGGAUCGACCGAUGAUAUCAUCGGCCGAUAUUCAGUAUUUUCAGCAAUAUCAGUAUCAGCCAAUAGAGAUACCGAUAUUGCAGAUAAUACAUACCAGGACCGCCGGGCCCAUUACAAGCCUGGCGGUCAUAGAGGGCCCGCAGCAAGCGGUUACUUAUCUUCCCAGCGGCUCCUUCAGCUCCCCAGGGUAAAUCUCGCGAGUCCGCGGCCGCAGAUUGUUGCCACGGAUUACCAUGGCAAUGCUCUGCGCAGCGCGCAUACCGCGAGAUUUACACUGGGGAGCUGAAGGAGCUGCUGGGAAGGUAAGUAACCGCUUGCUGCGGGUCCCCCCACUGCUCAGUACAUGCCACUGGACCAACAUGGAAUGCCAUAGCCCCCCUCUCUGGCCAGGCAACACGCAGGGAGGGGGGACAAAAAAUAAUAAUAAAACAUAUAAAUAUAUUUAAAAUAAAAAAUGUCGUCCCCUCCCCCCCCCCACCCAUUUUACACAAAUUCCAUCCCUUCAGAAACACACACACACACAAUAUACAAACACACACUCUGCAUUAUAUACACACACUACCUGCAUUAUAUACACACACUACACAAACACACACACACUCUGCAUUAUAUACACACACUACACAAACACACUGCAUUCACUAUACACACACUACACAAAAACACACUGCAUUCACUAUAUAUACACACUACACACACUGCAUUCACUUUACGCACACUGCAUUCACUAUACACACACUACACAAACACACCCUGCAUUCAUUAUAUACAAACUACACAAACAAACACAGCUCCCCUGUCUAAACACACUGCAUCCACUACAUGCUGCAUGUAUAUUUUGUGCAUUUACCUUUAGAAAUAGUUUAUUUUUUCAAAAUGGUAAAUGUACAGAAUAUCGGUAGAUUAUCAGUAUCGGCUCUAAAAAAAACAAUAUCGGUCGAUCCCUAUACUGAACCAAUCUGGGUGAUUUAUGGAUAUGUUGGUCGCCCAGAUGGGGGCUAUAAGGAGAUAUAACUUUUGUGGGGAUUUUGUGUGUUUAAAGGUAUUUUGGGAGUUUUGUAAAAAUGUAUGUUUUCUGUGCCUGGAGAUAAUUGAGUUUAAUUCAGUGCUGACUCAAUUAUCUCCAUGGUACAGGGGAGGGAUUGACCUAUUUUGUAUGGGAGUGUCCUGGACCUGAGAGCCAAUGUAAUCGUGUGUAUGUUUUUACUGUAGUUUACUCUCAGGUCCAGGAGGGAGUGCCUCUUGCAUGGGGACCUGCAUACGAGGCCAGUUGUGGCUGCCAUUAAAGAGAUUUGUUUUACCCUUCAUGAAGUCUAGUCUCAUGUUUGGGGGAUUGGAGAGCUAUAUUCACUCUGGAGAUUGCUAUAAUCACUAUACUCCCUUGGCUUACAACAAUUGCUCUUGUAAGAGCAGCCUGCUUUGCUCUCUGGACUAGGAGAGAUCUACUCAUUGGAAGCUGGAUCCUGGUCUUGGGUUCAGGGUGGGUGGAGGACUGUGAGACCCCAACCAAGCGGCGGCAGUUUGUGGGAUUUACGGUGGUUAUGGUGUCCGGUGCGGUGCUAAUGGUACUCAAGUCUUACUAGGAAGCAGCGAUUGAUGGAGGUAUCCGGUCGGGGUGCCAGGCGGUCCGUCACAGCAAUAAAGUAAAAGUUCCUAUGCGUUCUGUAAAUUCCCAGGCUGUGCAGCCUCAUGAGUUCUGCCCAGAUCAGGAAGCUCCUAAAUCAUCAUUUGAGUAAUAUUUAAAGGGACACUGUAGGCACCCAGACAUUUUCAGCUCAUUGUGGUCUGGGUGCUGUGUCCCUUUUGCACCUAAUGCUGUAAUUUUAAACAUUGCAGCUAGAUCUGCAGUUUACAUUGCAGCUCUAAGUCUGCCUACAGUGGCUGUCUACCACUAGAAGGCUACCUAUCAAACUGACCUUUGAUCUGGUAUCUGAUGCUGGACGUCCUCAUGCUCUGCCUGAGGACCUCCAGCAGAGAUUUGAGGAAAUCCUAAUGAGAACACUGCCAUUGUUGCGCAUGCGCAUUAGUUCUUCCCCCAUUGGCAGAUGGGGAGGAGUGUGGGUGGAGACUCUCCCAGGGCCGAGGGAUAUCGGCACUGGAUUCAGGUAAGUGACCCCUUCAGUGCCAUGGGAGGGGGGGGGCACUGUAAAGAACUAUAGUGCCAGGAAAACUGCUUAUUUUUCCUGGCACUAUAGGGAUUAUAUACAUAAAUAAAAUAUAUUAUGAAUUAUGUGCUUUUUUUGAAAUGGACAGAUCAGAGACGCAUGUUUAUUUUACUACACCAUAACAGCCAACGAUUUUGUGUUUUGAAGGAAAGAAAAAGCACUCUGCUGCCACAGAGUUGUCCAGCUGCAAUACAUCCAGCCUGGACAUCCUAAACCAAAUGACACGCGACGUGGAGCUGGAACUGGCAGAGUAUGAAAACCAGACGGGACGUGAUGUGACACCUGUUCCAAAAGCCCAAGGACUUACUGGGUUCACAUUUUCACUUGUGAACUCUGUAAGACGAUUGGUGUUUUACUUAAAGGAGGUAAGAAGAAAAGGCACAAAGCUAACUUCUGAUUCCCAUAUACAGUUACAAUUCCUGGAAAUAGUUUGUUUGUGUGUUUUUUAUUUUUUAUUAUUAUUUUUUUUAAGUGAAAGAAACAUUGUAGGCAUUAUAACCAUUUCAACUCAUUGGAUUGGUUAAAGUGCUUGCAGCCCACUGGCCCUGUCACUCUGCUCAAAUUCAAACAAUAUUCAAGCUGCCCCCACUGUAUGUAUGCCCAAGGCAGAGAUUACACACUUCCUUCAAGCCAUACCAAUUCAUACCAGCAAUGGGCACUGUGAUAGGCUGAAAGAGGUCAGCUGACACUCUCUGCAAUUCAUAGCCACCCAUUGCUGCUCAGACUAAUACGUCCUCAUUAUUCCAUUAGUUUAAAGGGUAAUCCAGAUGUGGACCCCUUGCUCACGGUGCCUAGAGAGAUAUCAGCUAUGCCUCACUGAUGAUGCCUAACAAGGCUGAAACGAUAGGUGAGCUUGCUGUGUCUCUCGUGCAGAGGGAAUUUGCAGAGGGAACUUGCUGGCAUUUCGGAUCUGGACUGCCCGUAUGGGUGGGACCAGUCUGAUAUGUUUCAGAGAUGUUCUCUCUGUAACGGCACAAGAUGAGCUUCCUUGACCUUCCAUAACUCAGUCCCCAACUAACCUCCCCCUCUGUGCCAUGAAGUAUAGUCCCAACUCAAUCCCCAACUAACCUCCCCCUCUGUGUCAUGAAGUAUAGCCCCAACUCAAUCCCCAACUAACUGUGCCAUGAUUUAUAGUCCCAUCUCAAUCCCCAACUAACCUCCCCCUCUGUGCCAUGAGGUAUAGUCCCAUCUCAAUCCCCAACUAACCUCCCCCUCUGUGCCACGAAGUAUAGUCCCAACUCAAUCCCCAACUAACCUCCCCCUCUGUGCCAUGAGGUAUAGUCCCAACUCAAUCCCCAACUAACCUCCCCCUCUGUGCCAUGAAGUAUAGUCCCAACUAACCUCCCCCUCUGUGCCAUGAAGUAUAGUCCUAACUCAAUCCCCAACUAACCUCCCCCUCUGUGCCAUGAGGUAUAGUCCCAACUCAAUCCCCAACUAACCUCCCCCUCUGUGCCAUGAAGUAUAGAAUUUCCCAUUAUUUCCUGUCCUCACCACAUUGACAGGUUUCAUGUUGCCAAUAAUAACGUAUGAUUAAUAAUCUAAAUAAAUCACCCAUAUAAGAAAUGUAAUAGAAAUAUUUGUUUCUGCUGCUAAGGCGACAAAACUUUUCAUCCUAUCCAUGCCUUCUAUGUGGGCCACAGAAAACAUGGACACUGCAGUCUUUGACAUGGUUAAACCAAGAUUUAUACACUGAGCCAGGUUUGUACAUUUAAAAGUGAUAUGGUGUGCCUAGUCUAGAUUUAAAUAUAUUCAACAGUGAAGAAGGAACUGCCUAUUUGAAGAGGAAUUCCUGGAAAAUGUGCAGUAAAUGCCAUUUUAGUCUAGUUCUAGUUAAGCCUAUAUAUUUUUCAAUGCCUUUUCAGAGUGACCGAAAGCUGCAGCAGGAGGUCCAAGAACGGCAAUGUUUGCAGCGUGAACUGGAGGAACAGCGGAUACUAAUUGAUGCCUUAACAGCUGACGUUAUCUCAAUAAAGAAAGGAAUUAUGGUUUGUGAAUACCAACUAUCGUUUAGUGUUCACUCCACCCACCAAUGAGGAUACAUGCAAUUUAAUAUAGUGCAGGGGACCAUCUGACCCUCCAGCUACUGUGAGACAACUCCAACCAUUCUCAGCCAACUUAGAGACUUUAAUGUAUUUGUAGUGGGACAUUUUCUAGAGUUUAGAAUGAGGUUUUUAUAAUUCCUCACAUAUUUUCUGAACCUUUGAGUUUCUCCAGGUUGAUCUGGAUAAAUCUAGUCCGUAGUAAAAACCAGAUCAGUUGGUGCACUGCCCAUAAUAGACCUACACAAGGGGCAGCAGGGCAACAACGCUGAGGGAUGCCUGUAACUGCCCUUCUCUGAAAAAGGGGGAAACCCAACUACAAUAACCGCCUAUAGAACCAUUAACAGAAAUAAUGAUCUGGAUAAAUCAUUGGCAGCUAGUAUUUACAUUAGAUGUUUAGUGCUUCUGACUGCUGUCUUUUUGUUGGAAUUGGCUUUUGUUUGACCGAUCAGUUGAUUUCUUUGAGCGGUCAUCAUUAUGUUGAAACCAACAGGGCUGUAAAUUUAUGCUAUAUACACUUUUUAGUAUAAAAGCAAUGUCCUUGGUUUUCAUCCAAGCAGAUUCUCAACUCUUUUAGUGUCCACAUCUGAAGAGCAGAGAUCUCUUCCUUCAUAAUGUUAUAUGAAUAUUACGACCUCUGACAUUUGUACAGAUUAGGGGGUGUUAAAAAAUAAUUAAAAUACCUUGUUUAUCCACUUCUCUGGUACAAAAAGACUUACCACAGUAACCUGUGACACUACGCCACUGAGAUUUCCAUUCUGUGCACAUGUGCCCUAUAUUUCUGCUCUGUUCAGAGUGUCUCCUCGUGAUAAUAUGGACCACUGGAGUUUAGGAAGCCUAAUGUUAGGUUUUUCUUUAAACUACACUACGGUGUCUGUCUUCUCAAAAUUGUCAUCAUGGUAGGAUCAGCUGAAACCUUAACUUCCCCCAGUAUUGUUACUGAGAACUAGGGUGAAUCUCCCUUUUAGACUUGGUGUUUGUUUUAUUUUUUUAGUCUGAUAACUCAGAAAUGCAACAGAAUCUCUCUACUCUCAAAGACCCAUUUGGAAAUAUCACUGUGACUGACCCAAGACCAGUUUCCCAUCUAAUCCGUUCAGAGCCUGUAGAAGAAAACAACUUGCUGGCUGCCCCUAGUAAGUCAACUAACACAACCUUUUCUUCCAUUUACAGACAAUCUAUAGAAUGUUUCAGCAAUCCAGUCUGAGACAUGUUAGCCAGGUAAUAGCACCAUCUAGUGGUAUCUUGGUAUAAAAAUCUUCCCUGGUUUGUAAAACUUUAUAUCCAUUGUUACUAUAAAAGGGGACGUUCAGCAAUUGUAUGAUUGUACGUGAGAUUUGCUGCUGUGCCUAUUGAGCAUUAUUUUCCCUAUAUUACCUGUAUAAAACUAAUAAAAAAGUAAAUGAUUUUGUCUAACACACCAUAUUUAAAGAGCAGAGGAUGCCGCGCACUAGAAGAUCAAACAAGAUAUGUCACUGGUUCUCGGUUACAUAUUUUAUUUUUAAUGGAGUUAAAGUAGUCUUGGGGUAAAUUAGUUUUUUUUCUUCUGUUAGUAUGCUGUGUGCCAUGUAUUCCAGACAUAUUUCCAAAAUGGUCCAAAUCCCAUAAAACCUUCUCCGUCAUACAGAUUAAACGGCAGAGCUUCUUAUCUGCAGGAGUCCAAAUAGAAUAACAUUUAACCCCUUAAGGACCAAACUUCUGGAAUAAAAGGGAAUCAUGACAUGUCACACACGCCAUGUGUCCUUAAGGGGUUAAACAUUUAGGCAACAUGGUUGGUAUUGGCAUUUAACCAAAAUAGAUUACAUUUUUUUUUUUUUAAAACAUACUUUCUUCCAAGUGUAUCUGUCCAUAGUGGGAUUUUUUUGUUCUCUUUUUGUGCUGUGUUUUCAUGUGGGAGCCACAUGCAUUUGAACAAGAUGGAUAAUGUCCCAGCAGUGUUUCAGCUGAGCAGUGUAUAUUGUUCCACAACUAGUACGGCUUACACAAAGUAAACUAACCUCAAUUCAUUGGUGUUUCCCCAAAGUGUAAAAACUGCAUACCUGAUUUGGGCAGGUCUUUAAAUUGACUGUAUAACAUCCUCAAAAAAUGACCAGCUCCUGCAAUCUAAGAACCCAUAAGCCAUACAAAAAUAUGAUUUUCGACCCAAAAUCCAUCCGGCAACAGCGGCCCUCAAUGAGCAGAGAGCACUGGAUCCAGGGCUAGUCUGGCUCAAUGAGUAUUAGUCCCUUGGAGGAGAAUUCUUCACUGUCACAGUCGAGGCCUACUCCGGUGGUGAGUGGAGCAGACGGCCGCUGCCCCGCAACCUCAAUUUACUCUGUCACAAUGAAUCAGCCUUCAUAAUCUUGUAUAUAUGUGUGCUGUGGGAGUCUGGGGGUGAAAUCUUGCAUCUAUCAUCUGAAGCACAUACCCAGCAAAGUGCAAGAGGUGUAUAUUGCCUACCAGUGGGAUAUAAGCUAAGAGACUAACAAUACCCUUUAGUGACCUACUGAUAGAACCAGUAUAUACAUAUAGUUAUUAAUAAGCUGUGAUUAACAAAUACUACGUACCAAUAGUAUGUUCCAAACAUGAAUACCUUCAUUUCAAGUAUCAAAUUGUGCAAGUAUUGCCACAUGCCAAACUGUUUUUGGAAGAAGCAAGUGGAUUGCCGUUGGGGUACCACAUGCAUGUUUGUUACAUCCAUAUGCACUGCAAAAAAAAAAUAAUAAAAUGUCAGUCGAUAUACAGGAGGAAGACUGUUUCCUCUUUAUUUUACAGUCAAACUGUUAAUGAUCGUCUCUCAAAUUGCAUUGUGUCGUCUGUAUUUCAGGUAUUCCCGCAGUAGACUCAAUUGGGGAAUUGCCAAAACACAACACAACCAUUGCCUACCAAUCAUUGCUUCAAAUGAAAAAUCCUAGGGAAGGAUCUGCCAUUCCAUCACAUGUUUUCCAACAAGCUGUCAUGCUGUCACCUCCCCGACAGCAGUCACGGGGGCAAUUCACGGUUCACCCAUCAGGUAAGUAAAAUCCGUCUUCUUAGAACACCGUGCCUUCUUUAAAGAAUAGCUUUGUUUAACUGAAGAACAUCAUUUGUAGCGAUUUCCCUUCUGUUAGCCAGAGCUCCACUCAACAAGUGUAAAAAUGGUAAAUGAAUGAACCCCAAUAGGUCGCUUGGGUCACCUUCUGUUGGGAUGUGACAGGGGUGGCAGCAAAGGAGUUUUCUUAUUUUAUUUAUUUUUAACAAAGGGAUCUUGUACUGCUAAGUACAAUAUCAAUAAUGACUAAACUGCAGCAGAGAUAACCAGACUGGUGUAAUUAGAAAUACAGCACGAAUAUAAACGGGUACGCUCCCUUCCCAAACACCUUACAUUUUACCAUUUCCAGUGAUUGAAAAUUUGAAUGAUUAAACUUCCACCUGAGCCUCUCCACUGAGACGGCACAGAAAGCUAUUGGGCAGUGACCUUUCCGAAAAUGCUCCCAUCAGAUUACAGGAAGACCUAAUAAGGGCUUGGCUUCUCACAGCGCAGAAAAGUUACUUUCGAAAUUCAGAGAGAAAGAGGACGGAUGUUAAUUAUAUCAUGUUUUACACUUUCAGAGAGACUGUAAUUUGUUAUAUUUUCAUUUUGAAAGAGAAUGUGCGAGUCACAUUUAGAAUUAGAAUGGAUUAAUUUAGUUUUUAUCAGCUUGAGAUGGUGGCUUUAUUAUGAUUAUUUUUUCUCCUUCUUCCCCAUUUAGAGUACCUGUCUAUUUGUAUAUCAGUAGUUUGAGAUGGGAGAAAUGUACUAUUUGUGUUUAUAUUUUCAGUUGUUGUAAGAAACUGUAAUAUUCAUAUAAUUUCAGUCGGGGAGUGCGAAUUGUAUUUUAAUUAGGGUAGUCACAGUAUUUGGGGAACAACCUAAUAAUCUCAUCUUGCUUUCAUUGUCUUAGAGAAAACUGUUGCACAGAGAAACACAGUAUCUGGAACCAAUCCCAAUCAAGACCUUCCUGAAUUCAAACACUUUCCAUUAACUGCAGAUCAUGUGAGUCCUCCAAGAGCAGUUACCAGAGUAUGGACAGAAUCGCAGGACCGUGACCGAUUGGUCAGUGUUGCAACUUCCCAGGAAGUAUCUCAAACAGACCAUCCUGCCAAAGAGCCACAGAACAGGAAUUUAAUAACAGAGGAGGAAAGCAACAGAUCCUGCACAGAGCUUUCUGACAUCUUGGGACGUAUGGCUGAACUGACACAGGAGAACUCUGCUCUGAAAUCUCAUCUCAAACAGGUUACCAAACCCAUGGGCAAACACGAUUCUCCUGUGGGUCAAACCGAAACGGCUAGUCCUCUAGGUCCUGAUACAGGCAGUGGAACAAAGGUAAACCAACAAUCCUUACGGUAUUCAGUCCACUCCUCCAAAGCCUAAGGAAUAUACUGACACCGAGCACAGAAAAGGGGGAAAAGGUGUAAGCUAAAGAAAGAAAACCCUACCUUUAUUGAACCUAAGAUAAAAAUGGGAAAAGCCCAAUGUAACAGAUACCCACAAUGAGAGCUAGGGGAGAGGGCAGAACAGACUAAACAUCUGCUAAAUAAUACAAGAUAUUUGAGGUAAUGCCCAAGUUAAACUCCUCUUAGAUGGUGGUCCAGGUCCGCAAACCACAGGGGACAGUGCCUAUAGAGGCCUAACCACGCUCAUAAGAAUCAAUAUAUGCUGUCUCUAGGUUACCUCGGCACCGCGUAAAGCUAGUGCCUACCUAAACUAAUACACCCUAGUCUCAUGGUAACAAAAAUAAAUAAAUUAAACAGUGCUCAUAGUGCUACCAAAAGGUGUAAAAACAAAGUAAAGCGUUUCGACGUGCUCACACGCCAUCGUCAAGGGCAAACAAUCCUUGCUCAUGGCAAAGCAAUUUAUUUUUUAUUCCAUGGACAGGGGUCCUCACAUUUACUGCUGUCUUGCAGGCCGGCAUGCCCGGAGCUGUUCACACUAGUCUGGAGAGCAGGAUUGCUGAGCUGAACCGACAGAGUGCAGAGGCAAGAGAAAAGCUCCUACAACUCAUUGAUCAACAGAAGCAAACCUCCAUAUUAUCACCAGAAAUUUCACCAAUCCCUCCACAGCCUAGCACAGGUAUUCAUUCGUGAUUGACUUCAGUCUGCAACUUUAUUUAUAACAAUAUAUUGUUUGUAUGGCAAAUGUGCCUUUAUUUUUUCUAUAAGUCAAAUACACACAAAUAUCUUCUAAUAAAUACUGGGUUGCAUGAAGAGUAAGUACAUUUUGUUUCUAGUUUAUCAUGGGAAGACCUUUGCUUGUACUGCCUUUGUUAGAAGCACACAAGUUAAUCACACCGCUUUGUGGGGGGUGGGGGGGUGUGGGCACCAUCUCCAGGUUUAUUUGUCAAACUGUACGGGACAGACGGUGGGUGUCUCCCUGGCAUUCAUAGCCGCCCCUCUCUAGUUGACUUUGUAAUGCAGAAUUUACACCUCUGAGUUGCUACUAUCUGUUUUUACAAACCUGGAUGGCAAUGAAAUGCUGGGGGAAAUUACAAAACUUUUCUCCCAAUAUGUCUGAACCCAAGGAACCACUAAGGACAAACUGGCAUGUGAUAGGCAGAUCUUAUUACUGCCCAAAUAUAUUACCCACCUUCAGGAGAAUGGAAAGCUGAAUUGUUUUUUUGUGAAUGGGACCUGAGCCCUUAAGCAGGUAUUACAGCUGGCAUUUGAACUCACUGGCCUGUUGUGUUAUUACCUUGCACAAUAUACAAAGCCUACCUUGGCAGGGUGCGGUGUUCAGCCCUCUUUCUUACUGUCAAUGGAUAAUUAAAACACAUUAGUAAUAGGAACACCAAAGCGUUUGUACACUAGUACUCCGCCCACUGUCUAAUCAUUCGAGAACCUUUAGUGUCUAUGAUCUGUGGAGAAGCUGAAGAUUCUAUAUAGCCAUAGGCAGGGAAUCUAUCAGGAAGGCCAUAGCAUGGCUGAGUAACACUAUCUGGCAGAACACUCCUUGUAUGAUUUUCAUGUUGUUUGUGAAUAUUGGAGUAAAAGUAUUCACAAUAAUGUGAUCUCCUGUAUAGGAGUAAUUUGAUCUAAAGAUGUGACCCAUACCUCUCUAUUUUUCUAACUCACAGCUGGGUGUAUUUGGCCUACUAUUGUGAACUGGUUCAGUCUACUACAGGAUGGUUUUUGGCGAACAAACCCCAAAAUUCUCUGAUGCUAACCUCUUGUUAAGAGGGUGUUGUUUUUUUAAUGCAUAGUCUGUAGUUUGCAUAUUAGUCUUUUUAUUUUCAAAACUCUUUCUCUGCAUUUGAAAUUACAUUUUCAGUAAAACUACAGAUAUGUUUAUUUGCAAAUUAAAUUGCAAAUAAAAAUUAAUUCUUAGCUUUAUACAUUUUGUAAUUGGAUAGAUCCUCUGACGCUACACAUGUCUUUUUCAGGAAGGAGAUUAGAGGUGUCAAUCCCUAUGCCUUGUCUGAACGAUUCCUCCCUGGAAGAGACUCCUUCACCAGCCAGCAGAGGCAGCAGCAGAAGGUAAGUUAUAUAUCCACCUGAAAUAGCGAUACUAGGGUUUCCACUUCACAAUGGGACGGAAGCCUAUUCUGCCCUUGCGGAAGCUUGUUGUAAACCAGUCACCACACUGUAUGAGCUGCCAAUGGAAGUGCACAGUUCCAAAAUUGGUUUAAUGGAAGCCAUCAUAAAAUCUGUUUCAGUGUAAUAACCUCUCUGAUAAGCACGAGUCUCGCCUAGUUCACUUUAUUUCCUCUGAUCAAUUUUAUCAGACGACUUUCAAUGCUUUUUUCAAGAUCAUUUAUAAACAUGUUAAAUAAAAGGGGUCCCAGAACAGAACCCUGAGGGACACCACUUACCACUUUUGUCCAGCCUGAAAAUGUACCAUUAAUGCCAACCGGUUGUACUCUAUCUUUAAGCCAAUGUUCUACCCAACAACAAGAAUAUUAAUCUAUUUCCUUGUGUUUGGACACUAAUCUAUUGUGUGGAACUGUAUCAAAUGCCUUGGCAAAAUCCAAAUAGAUCACAUCCACUGUAACAAUAUAUUAUUCUAAUAUAUCCUAGAAAUCAAAGUGGUGGCAGCCCCUGACUUUUUGUUAUUGCAUCAUGGAUCCAUCUCCCUAUUGAGAGAAUAUAGUUCAGUGAGACAGAGAUUACAGAUCUUUAGAGAAGGGUUUCCUAAUGUGCUCAGUUGGCCUCCACUAACAGGCAAUGGCUGCAUAGAUGUUUUAUAUCUAUAAUUACUUCUCCCCACCUAAUCUUGGCCUCAAUUUAAUGUUCGGAUACGCUUUUCAAAUUAUUUAAUAUUGUAAAAAUAUAUCAUUUGUUUCAAUAUUCUAAAAAAGAAAUCAUUUUAAAAACAUAUUCAAAAAUCUUGUAAUUUCAUCAGAUUUUAAUUUGUUUAUGUCUUCUAGCAUACCAAACAGGUCAGGAUCUUCACAUAGCUCGGGAGCAGGGAAACCUCAGAUUGCUGGGCACUGGUCGAAGGUAAUGUAAAUAAGCUGUUUUUGUCUUUUCAAUAGAACCUUACUUGAUAAUUGUCAGAUUUUAAUUCAACAAUUCUUCUGAAUAAUUCACUAGGCUUGACUGCAGUUCUCAGCAAGUUUCUUUGCUACAUUGGACCUUUCACAAUUUGUUUUUUUUCCCCCAAACAGUGCACCUCAAACCUCAUUGAAGCAUGCUACCACCUCAUUGACUCCAAUGCUGUAGUAGGUUGACUGCAGUCCUAAAAGUUUGUGUUGUGGGUCCCCCCCCCGCCCCCAAUUUUAAAGUCAGAUUUUUUUUUUUACUGUUGGUGAUGUAAAAUCACAAUUUUAUUAAAGACAGGAGGUUGAUAUAACAUUCUUUACUACUCCUAUUGGCAGCAACACUUUCUCUGUCUCGUGUCAGUGAACAUAGUGUUUAGCUCCAAUAGCCUCCAACAAGAAAAUAAGCAGAGCGCAAACUGUGCCUUUACACACAAAAUAUACAUACGUAGAACAGCAUUAUUGUGUAUGGUGUGUGUGUGUGUGUGUGUGUAUAGGGAGGGAUAGCCCUCACCUUCUUUGUUUAAUAAAAUUUAGGAAUUAAAGUCAUCAAUUUAGUGACGGUUUUGUUCCAGACUGGAGGUUCAUUAUUUGCUUAUGUUAAAGUUUGAAUUACUCACAUUUAAAUAACCUUCAGUAAGAUCUGACUGUCUGGUGUAAAGACAGCCAUAAAGAAUUUAAAUGUUGAUUCUGAUGACCAGUAAGACCGAGGAUGUAUUUUCCUUUAUCAUUUUCAUUAAAUCAUUGUGGCACCAGUGCAAGUCAUGUGUAUAUAUAAUUAUACACAUUCAUACAUAUUUUUCUCCACAUUCGUUUCUUUAUUUUUGCUACAAAAUAAAAAAAGAGAGACCAGCUAUGGAGUUUAGCAGGAAGUUGUUUUGAAGGAAAUUGUUAUUAUUUAUAUAGCGCUUUACAACGGGACAGGGACAGUGCUCGGCAAUCUCACAGGUGUAUUUACUAAGGUGAGAAUUCAAAGUGAAUAACAAAUUUAAGAGGAAAAUAGCCAACCCAAAAGCAGAGCUGACUUGGAGAAUUUUUCCAGUUCUGCUAAUUUGGCUCUAUGUUUGAAAUUCACUUUAAGUUCCUCACAGUUCUCACUUCAGUGAAUAACCCUGUCAGUCUUUGUUCACUCAGUAAAUCUUAAAUCGGUCUAGAUAUAGUUUCUGUAAUCGGAGUUUGCAAAGUUUAUUGAAUAUCUAAGUAAUUGUUAGUGUAACCCUCUGUUCUCCUCAGACCAUCCGCCAGUGCCUGAUGAUAUGUACUCCAUUAGAUAAACCAAAUUCUGUUUUAAUUAGAUUGCUCUCAACGCUCCCUCUGCUAAUAUUGGUUUGGCCUAUUCCAGUGAUCUCUAAAAUCUCAAUAUUAGAAACUUUUAUCCUGACCUUCUCACAGACAAAUCAGUGCUGUAGGGCCAAAGGAAAAAAUAUAAUGCUUGUGUAGCUGAUUCAUUAGCAGAGACAGACUGGAGACGUUCCGUUCCUGACAUCCCAAUCCUCUGUUUCUUACAGGCUGGACGAGAGAAGGGCGAGGGAUGGUUUGCGCUGACCGCACAUGUCUGCUAAUAUCUGAGAUUUUCUGGGUCCACCCACUGCGUGCCAAGGAAAUCCCUUGUAUAUAACUAUUUAAUUCAAUCGUACUUUCUUUUUAUUUUUCUGUUAAUAAAAU